AUGAUAUUCGUCGCAUCUCGUCGUAGUCUAAGUACCAGUCCGAUGCCCCCGCCACGUUAUCACCAACCGCCGCCACCACCUCAGCUCGCACCUUAUCAUCCAACUCAUCGUCGUGUGCCAGCAUGGUGCAACAUGACAAGCGAUGAGCGACAGGAGCACAAAAAGCAACUCGAGGAAUUGCGGCUCCGUGAGCACAUGAAAGAGCAAGAGAGUCAAAGAAAUCGACGGGAUCCCGGCGGCGAGCAACAGCUGCUUACCUCCUGUGCUCCUCUUCUAUCUCAUGCUCCUCGAGUCAUCGUUUUUGACUACGAGAACGAGAAGAAAGUCAAGUCCAGCAGGUUGAGGCGAAGCCGACUCGACAAUUCCAAUAACUCUCUGUUCCCUCCUAAUCAAAUGCCUACCAAACUUGAUAUUGUUGGCAAUCUGAAAUUCUCCAGCUCCACAGAUGAUGGCGAUAAGGGAGAUGAGGAUGAGAACGGUGAUGUCACCGCUUGUUUCGUACUUCCCUCACCAUCUAGUUUUUCUAAAUUGACUAUUUUGGAUAACGAUGAAGAGUAUUGUGAGUUUGGGAAAAAAUAA